AUGGAUGUCGAUGAGCCUUAUGAGGCCACAACUGCUCCUUCAGAAGGCGAAGCGCCGAAGAAGAAGUUUCAGAUAAAGAAGUGGACUGCGGUUGCAUUCUGGUCCUGGGAUAUCGCGGUAGAAAACUGUGCCAUCUGCAGAAACCAUAUAAUGGAGCCCUGUAUCCAGUGUCAGCCUAAUGCAAUGACAGACACAGAAAAUGAGUGUGUUGCGGCGUGGGGUACCUGCAACCACGCAUUCCAUCUCCACUGCAUUAACAAGUGGCUGUUAACGAGAAAUGCCUGUCCACUGGACAACAAGACAUGGCAAUUUGCCAAGUAUGGGAAGUAG